AUGCAUGAAUAUUUUACUCGCAAAUCCACAGAUUGGAAUAUUUUGGAUUUCCUUAAUAAAUCUGAUAUGGAGACAUUUGAUAAAAAAAUAGAACAAUAUAUUACAUGUCUUGAGACAAUUGUUAGCAAUGAAACAGGCAGCAGACACGAAAAAGCGCAACUACUUCUUAACAAAUACAAACAGGCAAGUAUAAAAAUAGGCAGAUUCAAAGUUUUAGACAAAGCUGUUAUCUUACGUUCAAGGCUUCGAGCUGACCUAGCACCUAUGCAGGGUUCUCGACCUGAUAGACAUCUGGCAAGAAAGUGGAGAGAUGAACAAUCGAAUAAUCAAGGGAUUACUGGUACCUCAAUACAUUUAUUCAAUCCAAAAUUCAAAGGUAGUUCUAUAGGAAUUGGAACAAUAAAUAAUGGAACAUUUAAUACUGAGUUGCCAAGGAAAAGUGCAUUGGAAAAGGACGAAAAUUCUAAUUAUAGCAAGAACAGUAAUAUGGAAGAGACUUAUUUAUUUGGGGAAGUAAAUGAACAAAGCAUUCUUUCUACAAUUGAUGAAAAAUCUUUGAAUAACGAAGUGAUAGUAUUGGAUGUUUGUACUGGGAAUGAGUCUGUGUAUAACUGGUCUGACUUGAAAGAAUCUUUUGAAAAAUAUAAAACAUCAGUACCGAAAUCAAAGAGAAUAGUAACUCCGGCAUAUUGGGGGAUAUUGGACUUGACCAAGGAAUCGCUAUAUAAUGUUCAAGAAAUUAAGGAUAAUGUGGUCAAAUGCAUUUCAGGAGAAUUUUAUAGAAAAGUUGGUUGGAAUCCUAAACCACCAUCUGUGAUCCUUCAAAAUUAUUUUAGUAAUAAUUGUAGAAGUGAUUUAGACAAAGAUCAUAAAAAUUUUAAUAUUCAUAUUCAAUAUAUGAUCUCAAAUAUGAGCUAUUUAAAAAACAAUGUGUCGGAAGAAGUUCUAAAAAUGACAACUGUAUUUCCUUUUUAUCGUGGAAUUAUCUCAAGUUUAUUUAUUCAAGAUAGAUGGGGAGAAAUUCAAGUCCAUUCAACAAACGAAGCAAGAAAUGAAAAUAAUAAUCCAUUCGCAAGAUCCAAGAUUGGAAGGAAGGCAGAUAUGGUGGGUAUUCUAUCAAGAACACCACAAAAAGCUGAAAUCCUGUUUGGCGAGGUAUCUGGUGGACUCAAUUCUUUUGGCCUACCCAGUGCUACUAGAAAGAAAAGAUUCUUAGAUAAAAUAAAAUUAUCAGUUAUGUUAAGAGACUCAAUAAAUAGCCUAUUAAAAGGGUGGGACCAUAUCAAUGCAGAAGAAAGAAAGUCAAUAAUUUUAUAUGGUUGGACACUACAUGGCUUUGAGCUAAAUAUCUACGCAAUGAGCUGGAAUGAUGAUGGUAUAUAUUUGUUUGGAUUAGUCGACAAGGCAAUCAUACCAUCAUCAGAAGAUUGUGCAGGAAUGUUUGAGGAUCUUUAUUGUGUUUUUAAAGAAUUAGAGCAUAAAUUAAAACAAACAGAAGUAGUUAUCAACAACCUAAAUUUAAAAAAUACUAAAAAUAAACGUAGACGACUAGCAGAAAAAACUUCUCCAAAAUUAAAUAUCAAUAGAACACCAAAUUAA